AUUCGGUUUGGAUGAGUUUUACUCCGCCAGGAAAGGCUUAAUUAGGACAGCUCUAAUGAACAUGGACAGAGAAGCGAAAGAAUAUUACGAAGUGAUUAUCCAGGCCAAGGAUAUGGGCGGACAGCUGGGAGGAUUAGCUGGAACAACCACAGUCAACAUCACCCUCUCUGAUGUCAAUGACAACCCACCCCGCUUUCCACAGAAGCAUUAUCAGAUGAGCGUGCUGGAGUCCGCUCCCGUCAGCUCCACCGUGGGCCGCGUGGUUGCUAAGGACCUAGAUGAAGGCAUUAACGCGGAGAUGAAAUACAGCCUCGUGGAUGGAGAUGGACUGGAUGUCUUUGAUAUUAACACUGAUCCUAAUUACCAAGUUGGCAUCAUAACUGUGAGAAAGCCUCUAAGUUUUGAGAGCAAGAAGAGCUACACCUUGAAAGUAGAAGGUGCCAACCCCCACCUGGAAAUGCGGUUCCUGAACCUGGGUCCCUUCCGCGACACCACCACCGUCCACAUCAGCGUGGAGGAUGUGGAUGAACCUCCUGUGUUCGAGCCCAGCUUCUACUUUGUGGAAGUGCCCGAGGAUGUGGAGAUUGGAACCACCAUACAGAUCAUUUCUGCCAAGGACCCGGACGUGACCAACAACUCCAUCAGAUACUCCAUUGACAGGAGCAGUGAUCCGGGGCGGUUCUUUUAUGUCGACAUUACAUCAGGAGCACUCAUGACUGCAAGACCUCUUGACCGGGAGGACGUUUCUUGGCACAACAUCACUGUGCUGGCCGUGGAGCUGAACAACCCCUUGCAGGUGGGCAGCGUCUCCGUGACAGUGAAAGUCCUGGACGUGAACGACAACGCGCCAGAGUUCGCGAGGUUCUACGAAGCUUUUGUUUGUGAAAACGCCAAAGCGGGGCAGCUGAUCCAGACAGUGAGCGCCAUCGACAGGGAUGACCCACAGGAGGGUCAGCACUUCUACUACAGCCUGGCUCCAGAGGCAGCCAACAACCCCAAUUUUACUCUAAGGGACAAUCAAGACAAUACAGCGUGGAUCUUGACAAGGCGCUCUGGCUUCAGACAACAUGAGCAGAACACCUUUUACCUCCCCAUCCUGAUCAGCGACAACGGCCGCCCCGUGCUGAGCAGCACGGGCACGCUGACCGUGCACGUGUGCGGCUGCGACGACGACGGCAUGGUGAUGUCCUGCAACGCGGAGGCCUACGUCCUCCCCGUCAGCCUGAGCCGAGGGGCACUCAUUGCGAUCCUCGCCUGCGUCUUUGUCCUGCUAGUGCUGGUGCUCCUCAUCCUCUCCAUGCGGCGCCAGCGGAAGCAGCCGUACAUCAUCGACGAGGAGGAGAACAUCCACGAGAACAUCGUCAGGUACGACGACGAGGGCGGCGGGGAGGAGGACACGGAGGCCUUCGACAUCGCCGCCAUGUGGAACCCGCGGGAGGCCCAGCUGGUGGUGAAAAACCGGCAGGACAUGCUCCCUGAGAUAGAGAGCCUCUCCCGAUACGUGCCUCAGGCGUGCGUCAUGGACAACAACGUCCACAACUACGUGCUCGCCAAGCUGUACGAAGCCGACAUGGACCUGUGGGCGCCUCCCUUCGACUCCCUCCAGACGUACAUGUUCGAAGGGAACGGCUCGGUGGCCGAGUCGCUCAGCUCCCUACAGUCGGUGACGACAGACUCAGACCAGAGCUACGACUACCUGACGGACUGGGGGCCGCGCUUCAAAAAGCUGGCCGAGAUGUACGGUGCCACGGACAGCAGCGGGGCUCUGUGGUAACCCACGAGGAACGGCAGAGGGGUUUCCCUGCGGAACGGUGUCCGGUUAGGUCCAUUCUCAUCAGAUGCUUCCAUGGACGUGGGUAAGGCCUCCUAAAAAAAAUAGCAAUACGGUGCUUGGAUGAGAAUGGGGAGAAGGGUGCGACUGAAGGUCUCUCUGGAUCAGCUUUACUCGGUUAAAUUAAGUCAUGUUUUUGAAACAGUAAGAAGCAGAAGGAAGAAAGUUUUUUUUCCUGUUUUUUACAGCAAAAUUGGAAAGCUCCAUGACUGGAAUAUAAUGACAUUACUCUCUUUCUCCCUCCCUCCCUCUUUCUCUCUCUCCCGUGUACACGGCAGCUUACUGAGCUCUAUACAUCUGGCUUCAAAUACCUGUAAACUCCAACUGUAAUCUCCAACUUACUGAGAAAUUGCCAGCAUAGAAAAAUGGUUCCCACUGGUUAUUUUCCCCCCAUUAAAAAGGAGAAAAAAUUGCUUGCUAACAAGAGAGGAAAAAAAAAAAAAUCCCACAAAGCAGAAAAUUGAAACUGUUCUCUCAGAGGGCUCUUUGUAAACUAAACCUCCUCUCUCUCUGUUGCUAACAGAGCCCUUUUUUAAUCCUUUAGAAACAAGGCUGAGGGUUUUUUUUUUUUCCACCUGGCCAAGUGGGCUGGGGAAGAGGCUUUGAAUUUCUGCUCUAGUUUAAUGGCUGACCUAUGAGUCAUUGGUGUUAACACUAACCCGUCUCCUACCCAGUUUGUGUAAACUUAUCCUCGGCUCUUUAAAACUAUGACUCUGCUAAACUGCUCAGAACAAAACCAGAAAAUCUGCCUCUUUUGCACUGUAGAUGUCUCUUCCAUGUGCCAAAUGUGAAGAUUAGAUUCUACCAAUGAAAGCCAAAUAAAUUUAAAAAAAAAAAAAGAAGGAAAAGCUAUAUUUGGUAACUACAUGGGUUAGAUGGGCUUUCCUAAUCUGUGUGAGGUCAAUCCAAGGGAUGUUUACAUACUGUAGAUAACCUACUUGAACAAAUGCAGUAUUAUAGACCAAUAAAUGGAUGUAAGAAAAUUACAUGUAUAAGUUUUGUAUAUUUGUUAAUUUUGGUAAUAAAUAUGAUGUACUGC